AUGACUGAGAGACAGCGCGAGUUGUUUAAUAAGGGCAAGAAUGCGAGCGGAGAGCUCAGUUGGAGCCGGUGGCAGCUUGGCGAUGCAGGAGCGCAGGCGCUUGCUGAGGCACUCAAGGUGAACACGACGGUGACGAGGCUCCAUCUGUACGAGAAUCAGAUAGGCGACGAUGGAGCUCGAGCGAUUGCUGAAGCGCUCAAAUUCAACACGGUGACUGCGGUCGCGUUGAGUCAGAAUGCCAUCGGCAAUGCGGGGGCGAAGGCGAUAGCUGAAGCUCUCAAGACGAACAAGACAGUGAAGGAGCUGUUCCUGGGGGAAAAUCAGAUUAGUGAUUCUGGCGCGCAGGCGAUUGCCGAAGCACUGAAAGUAAACACCACGCUGACCGAGCUCGAUCUGCAACGGAAUCCGACUGGCGUCGCUGGCGCGCGUGCGAUUGCUGCGGCACUCAAAGUGACCACGACGCUCACUUGGCUCAGUCUGGACCAGAAUCAGAUUGGCGACACUGGUGCACAAGCGAUUGCUGAGGCACUCAAAAUAAACGCGUCAGUGACGACGCUCGGUCUGGGCUGGAAUCAGAUUGGCGAUGCUGGAGCCCAGGCAAUUGCUGAGGCCCUCAAAGUAAACACGACGAUGACUUCGCUCCAUCUAGCCUACAACGAGAUUGGCGAUGCCGGAGCGCAGGCGAUUGCUGAAGCCCUGAAAGUGAACUCGACACUGACUGAGCUCGACUUGUACGCGAACGGCAUUAGCAAUAUUGGCGUUCAAGUGAUUUGUGAGGCAUACAAAAUUAACGGCAUGUGUGAUGACCUCGACGGCGACGGCCAGAUAAACUUUCUUGCGUUUUCCUUACGUCCACGACGAGUGGCAAGUGCCGAGGACCCUCAGACCGUGUUUGACUGGCUCAUCAGUGGACCGACGCUGCAGGAUCAAUCCACAUCUCUACCUGCGCUACCAGCCGAGAUUGCCGAGCGCGUUUUGGAUGAAGCGUACUACUGGCAAGGCGUGCAGCAUACCAAACGAGCGGACUUUGAUGACGGAAGUCUUUUCCAUACUACUGACGGAACCGCCGAUCGUGUUCUGAAAGUCACAGUGCCUCAUGGAAUGGAUGGACAUUCGAUUCGGGUGAAAGCAAUUCAAGUGCUACGUGACUGGCGCAAACGUCCCAAUAUCACAUCGAACCACGGUUUCAACUUGAUCGUCCGAGAUGAGCAAGGUGCUGUUCGGUCCGAAUUUGCUGUGAAACCGACGUUGAUCGAUACGACGCUUGAUCUUGCGAUGAUCUGGCCAGCGAGUCAUUCCAUCAUCCGAGAGAUACGCGCGGGUUGGCAAGUUCACGUUAGACCCAGCGAUAUUGGCCGAGAUGCGGUGUUUGAAUCUCUUUAUCUUGGAUAUGUCGAGCAAUAA